CCCUGCCGAGCGGACCACCGCGCACCCCUAACAACUACUCGACAACAAACUUUACAUUCCGACUCUACAUUUUAAAAAUCGAACCAUUUUUCAGCCAGUUAUAUUUUAUUUUUUACAACAGUUGCCAGUUAUUUCGAGUUUAAAUUUUUAUUUUAAAUAUUUUCGGUGCAGCAGCAAAAGGGGUGUCGCCGGCUGAGUCAGCAGUGGACCAAGCACAGGUAUGGGUCGAUACAAAAGCAGCACAACAAAGAAACAAAAUGACUGAAAAAUAAAGAGAACCUUUUAAAAUGGAAGCAGCUUUACCACAUUUUCAACGAUUGAACACUUCGCGAUUCUACCAGCAUUAUGCGUCUCCUCCUCUUAGAAUUACCAAUGAUUAUCUUCAUGAACUCGUCCCGCAACAUCCUCCGACACUCCUCCAGCAAUAUUUAGCUUAUUAUAAUGAACCGUUAGUACCUUUAGACCUUUCCAUAAAAUCUACUAUACCUAUAACCCCACCAUGUACACCACCACCCUCUCAAAGAAAAAGAUCAAAUGAAGAUAAAAUUGCAAAGUCUCCUAAAAUAUUUCGUCAUUUCGAAGAUCCAGAUGAUAAGUCAGAUUUAGAACACAAAUCAGAAAAGAGAGAGAGAGACGAUUGUAAUUCUAAUGAUAGUGAAAGUCCAGAAGUCAAAAAACUUAAAUUUACCAAACAAUUCUUUGAUGAACUCAAAACUUGUCUCCCAUCUGAAGCCGAGACUCCUUCUAAGAGCGAAAGAAGUUCUCCAGAUAUUGUCGAAAUCAAAGAUGUUGAAGAAAGACCUAAGAAGUCUCCUAAACCGACAACACAGCCAGUUAAGAAGAGCAAAGCAGUCAGACGACUUAUGUUUGACGAAGAUAAAACAUCUCCUGUUUCUGGAACAAUCAUUAGAGAUCUUGCUGAUGACGAGACGCUAGUGGUCCGAAAGGGCGAUAUAGACCCAGCAUUCAAUGUGGUGGAAGUAACCGAAGAAGCGAAGGCCCUGAUAGCCGGCAUCGAGAACCGCCUGGGCCGGUACAUCUGCCGGCUGUGUCGGCGGCUGUACGGAGACGCGUUUGCGCUUGCGCAGCAUCGGUGCUCCAGGAUCGUGCACAUUGAGUACCGCUGUCCGGAGUGUGAUAAGGUGUUCAACUGCCCAGCAAACUUGGCCUCGCACCGUCGUUGGCACAAGCCCCGAGUCCCCGGGGCCACGAAGCGCCGCGACCCGCCGGCCUCCGAAGCCGGCCGGUUUCCUUGCCAGCAGUGCGGCAAGCUGUUCCGGAGACAAGCGUAUCUGAGGAAGCACAUGACGGCGCAUGAGGCAACGGACAAUGAGGAGAAGGAACCCUCGGCCUUUAGGCAGGUGCAAGCGGAAUAUCCCACCUAUCAACCGGAGCCAGUUCGCGAUACGAACUUCAACACAUUCUGGAAUAAAAUCCCCCCGCCGCCUCACGAGUUGAACUGGGAGGAGAUGCGCACGCGCUGUCAGUCGUCUUGCUCGUCGGAAGAUUCCAGAAGUCUGGACGUUACGGGGUCAGAAGAUGAGGGGGGAGGGGUUGGGGAUGGCUGACGACGCGUGCUGCGGCCGGUGCCGCGAUUCCCCCCUUACAACCCCCUCACGAAUGCUCUGUACCCUUACACAACCUCUUACAGCCAUGAUACUGCUCACUUGUACUUUUCUUAAAAAAACAUUUAACGACCUAUUAUAGAUGGGUAAACUCAUUAUCAGCAUCAUAUAUAAACCGAAAUAUAAAGACAUUAUACACUUUAGAGAUAGGUACUACAUAGUGUAGUGUAGAAAAACUUCGGUUUGAAACCCAACGCUGUUUCGUGUUAUGAUUUCAAUUUUCUAUCUCAUCUCAGCGUUUUCCCCAUUAGCGUUAGCGUCGGAUCCUAGGGUCCAUUUCAAAUCUAUAAAGUAGUGUAAAUACCGUAUUUUAAUUAAUUUACUUAGCAUGUAGAAUAAGUAAUUGAAUUUAGCAUACUUGAUUAUAAAUUGUAAAUACGUAUUUUGAUCUCCUACAGCAACAUUCCAAAAUUUUUCACGGAUUUGUUAAACAUGUCACGUGAAUACAUUAGGCUUAGGUUUAACUUAUUCAUACUAAUUAUAAUGUAUAGGUUUGCUAUUUGUACCUAGUGUUCAAGCGAAAACGCUUAUUAUUUUAGUGUUAGCUAAGUAAGCCUACCGUCAGUGCUGGUUGACACACACCUCUCUAAAAAAUUCAGAAACGUCUGCAAAAUUUAUUUUUUAUACAAAUGUCUGGCUAAUUAGAUUAAAAAAUAAAUAAUAAACAUUUUUCUCAAAACUUCGCUUUUCAACAUAUGUCCGUCUUGAUUUCGAUUGUCUUGGCGCGAAGGGUCAUCGCAAUCGAUCGGAAGCACUGCAUAUUUUUAGAUGCACGCCACGCCACCGUACGUUGAAUAUUGCACGAGGCCAUUCAUCGGAAUUGAGACAGUAAAGUAGGCCGGGCUGUCUAAGCCAAUCUUAUUUAAUUUUAGUCAAGAAAAUUUCCCCUUUAAAAUAUUUUUACCUAAGUAUGAAUGAAAAUAAAAUAAUUUAAAGAUCUCAAUAUAUGUAGUUAUGUCGCAAGCAUGUAUAAUCUAGUCAUAAAAUAUACCUAGUCAUGGUGAACUAAAUUUUAUAAUAUUUUCAUAGAAUAUUUACUCAGAUUUUAUUCUUUUGAAUAAAACGAUAUCAUGGUCUCAAUGCUAGUCAUUUACAUAUACAUAAUCAAGUAUAUUAAAAUUAUAUUUACAAUUUUUUUUCUAGUCUUUUUUAUCUUUGUUUCGACACGACCAUUGUAAUAUUAUUAACUUAGUGUAGUCAUAAUGCAGUCAAAGUCUUUAAUAUUCAAUAGAUUAUUUUUUAAAUCAAUUCAGUUGUUGAAGUUGAUAUAAUAAAUCUAGUCAAGCUAUAUACUAGUCAUAAAAUCUCAUAUUUUAACUUUAUCAAUUCUUAUAGUAACUGUAACUAGUCAAAUUAUAGAUUCUUAAAAUACUAAAUAAAAUCUAGUCAUUUAUAUUAAUGAACUGAUUGUAGUCAUAACUUAGUCAUAUAAAUGGCAUUUAGGUCAAAACUUGAUUUACAAAAAGUAAACUACUUAUAGAAAUACCUACUCGUACAGUAUUUUUUCAAAUGUCACCUUUUUCAAUAUCAACAAAAUACAAGAUCGCACGACAAGAAAAUAUCAAAUUGUGCCAUAUGAUAUUGGAAAAAUAUUGCGUGCAUUAAAAACGUAACCAAAACUUUUAAAUUUUUCGUAAUCCUAAAAAUAUUUUUAUUUACGAGGCUACUAUACUAGUCGAUUUGAUCUCAUCAUAUAUAUGUUUCCUUUAUAAAUCAAUGGAGCACUUAAUAAAAUUUCUAGUCAAUUUGCAAGAUAUUUAAUUAAAUUUUUUAUUAGUUAAAAAUUGCGAUGACUUAAAAUAUGCUGGAAAUAAUUUCCAAUUGUAUCCAGACAAGGCGGAUUUUGUGUUGUGUGAAAAUUCAUGUAUUAUUUAAUAAAAUACACUUGAGUACAUAAACAGCACUGAUGGUAUGACUUUACUAUAUUCUAGUAGUAGUUUUAAAGCGAUCUAAUCUGUUAACACAAAAUAUUUUGUGUAUUACCUGUUUCUAAUAAUUAACAAUACUAUAAAUGAUAACAUUAUUAUUAAUAUUAAUAAUGUUAUCAUACUAUUUCAUUCUGGCAUUUCCACGUGUUUCCUGUUGCGAUAGGGUGAUGUGACGUCGCGAAGCCCGAGCUCAGAAUAAAUAUAACAGUAUGGACUGUAAAUUUGUAUGAUGAGUCAGAACUGUAUGUCGCUACUUAGAGCGUAGUUUAAUAAUUUAGAAACAAUUAAUAUGUAAAUAAAUUUAUUUUAAUGUAGAGUAAAAGUUAAUUUUAAACGAUAUAUCCAUAGAUAUAUACUUAUUGAGUGGAAUCUAGUCAGUGUGUUCUUUGCAACGCGUUCCAAAGAUUUGUAUAUGAAGAGACGCUAUUUAUAUUUAUUUUACAUAUACUAUACCUAAAUAAAAUAUGAUUAUUCUAUUUUUAUUAUUUUGUCACUAAAAUAUUGCCAGUUUUAAUAUAUUUUGAUUUAAUUUAAUUUAAAAAGUUUCUUUGACUUUUAAUUUUGUGUUUGUGUUUUUAUUUUAAGCUUAUAAAAAUUUCACAUCACAUUUGUAAAUAUUCGUUGUAAUUUAUAAAAUAUAAAAAUUAUAGCAACUUAUGCAAUGGUGGAAAAUAAAACAAUUAUAAUUUUUUUCUCAAAUCUCACAAAAAUAGAUUUUUUUGUUAUUCACAAUUGAAUUGUAAUAAAAUUGCACAUUUUCAAUUAUUAAUUUAUGAAAUUAGAAUUUAAGCCUACUGAAUUAACUUCGUAUCUUUAAUGAAAUAUUAUACUACUAAUUAAACUAUUUUAGAGUAGUCGAUUUCUGAAAAAUACUUUAGAAAUUGUUAGAAAUGCACUGGUAAAACCUAAAUAGUUACGUUUAGCAUUUAUUUGAUUAGUUUUAGGCAAUGUGUAUUAUGUAGAUAUUUAUUUUAAAAUAUAUUUAAAGUAUUGUGUAUGAAUAUUUAUUAGAAUGCAAUUAAAAGUAA